CCGCACCCUCACCGCUCAUAGCCCUCGUCGCUCAUCACAGGCGGUCGCAUCCUUCUGCUCACUCGCACUUCAUCGCCUGCCUCGCCCACCUCGCGCCGCUGGGUUCACCGCGCCGCUCUUCGCGACCGACGCUCGCUCCAUCAGGCCAGCGGCUCAUUCCCGCCGGCUCAGCCUGCAGCACUCGCGUGUGCGCACAGUCAUGGCAUCGUCACCACGACACUCGCCGCCGCCCUCGGCGGCCGCACCCCGUCCGCGCGGCAUCCUGAAGAACGCACCGCCAGGCGAGGGUCUGCCCUCGCAGCCUGAGCGCGUCGAUGAGCAUGGCAACAGGCUUGCGUGGGACGAGACGAACCUCACGUUGCACGAGAUCGAGCGCGAGAACACGGCUGCGCGCAUGAAGAUCGACGAGCCAAAGACGCCUUUCGUACGCGCUGGCAGCUUUGGUUCUGACGGCGACGAGGUCGGCGGCUUCGAUCUCGACGGCGAUGCCGGCAAGCAGGGCGACAGCUCUUCGUCCGUUCAGGACGCGCCGGCCGCGCGUCGCAGCAGCUUCGCUGAGCAGCUCGCUGCGAACACUGCCUCGAACGCGGCGCUCGGUCGCGCUGCCAGCAGCGGCAGCGAUGCUCCGUCUGCACGCACUACGUCGCGGUCGCCCAGCUUCACGCUGCCGCCGGGCAGUAGGCGGAGCUCGAGUGCGAGCAACCGCGCCGAGGGACGCGGCGCCGUGCGCGACGAGAUGGCCGCGCGCGACCGCAUGGACGUCGACGGCGAGGAGGCCAUGGACGACGAUGACGACGACGAGGAGCUCGACCCCGAGGAGCGAGCGCAGCGCCAGGCCUUUGCGCAGAAGCGCAACCAGCACUAUGGCAACGAAGCCGAGGCCAUGAAGGUCGCAGCUGCGCUGGCAAGCCGUGACGAGGAGGACGAGGACAGCGACGAUGACGAUGACGACGUCGGCGCAGGGCCAAACGGGCAGGUCUGAGCGGCAUGCAGGUGUCGCACGCGCAUCUCGUCAUAGCUCGUCAUCAAUGAACAUUCACACGUCACGGAGCGGAGAGAGGAGGAG